UAAAAAAUAUAAACAAGUUUAUUAUUAGAGUGCUCGUUCGGGCCGGGUCGCACGGCCGUGAUUUGUCCGAUGGCUGUGAUAUACAGAAAUACCCGCGCAAUAAACGUAUCUCCGCGGGACGUACAAAGCCCGAGCGUGACAUCGCGCGCGCGGUCUGUGCAAGUCGCCCGUCGCCCGCCACCUGCCCGCCACGACCGGCCCUUCGCGCUCUCUCUCGGCGCUACGAACCAAAAGCACCGCAUCACCUUCCUGUCUGACAACCUCCGUUUAUCACUGACAUAGGGUAUGGCCACCACAUCAAGAACUAGAAGGAAGCAAGAGGAUGAGAAAAAGAAUAAAAAGAAGCAGCCGCCAGUGGACGAGCGGCCGACAGUUCCUGUACCCAGUGAUGCAAUGCUUAACAAUCUCCGCACGGCGUUUGGAUUGCUGGACCGUGACAGUGACGGGCACGUGACGGCGGCGGAGUUGCAGUUCAUGCUGCGCAACCUUGGCAUACAGGUCAGCGACGACCUCAUCUCGGACCUCAUCAAGGAUGCCAGUAAGACCGGUAAUGGUCUAAUAGACGAGAACGAGUUCAUGCAGUGGGUGACGAAGAUCCAGGCGUUGCAGGGCGUCGACGUGACGGUUAGCGGCGGCGACUCCGAGGAAGAGAUCACGAGGGAUCUGCUUGCCGCAUUCAAGGUGUUCGACCGCGACGAUAACGGGUACAUAACGCGUGAUGAGUUGCGCGCCGCGCUGGAGAUGAUCGGCGAGCCCGUCACCGAUGCUCAGCUCAACCAGGUGCUUGCGCUCGGCGACAUCGACCAUGAUGGACGCAUCGAUUACGAAGAGUUCGUGAAGAUGCUGUUAUAGAUUGUACCUCAUUGAGCAAGAAAGACCUCAUUAGAUUUAAUGUAAUAUGAAAUUGAUUUGAUAGCAAUAAUGUUAUCAAGUUGGAUGCGUCGGGUAUUUGUGGAAGGUGCACUAUUUAUACGGUUACUAUAAAAAAGACAGUAUAAACAGCUCUUCCAUAGAGAUUGUCUUAGAUAAUGUCUGUUUGUAGUUUUUAUAAAGUUUGUGAACACGUACUUAUUUUUUAAAGGCCCUUAAGUGCCUAUGAAUCUUGUUUAUUUGCAAUUAAUUAUGGCUUUUAAUGUAGAAAUAACUAGUUUUGUUGCCGAUUAGAAGAUUAUUGAGAUUUUUUGUCCUUCUAGAUGGCGCUCUUGAGCUAGAUUAUUUUUAAGACAUAUUAGUAAUAUUUUAUUUUCUUUCUCUUUUCUACCACAAUUUUGUCGUAUUAAAAUCUGGAUUAGGGCGCCAUCUGCAGUUGAUAUUUUCUACAUAAUUGUUUAGGUAGGUGUGAGACUUUCGAUUGGACGUGCAAAAAUAUAAAAAAAUAAAUUAUAUUGUUUUUAUUAACAUAAU